CCAUCUUCUGGGAAACCAUCAGCCAUCUAAUCUGUCGCCACACCAGACGAGAACAAGCAGCAGCCAUCAUGGGAGCCGUUCUGGGAUUGUGCUCCAUGGCGAGCUGGAUCCCGUGCCUGUGUGGCAGCGCCCCCUGUUUGCUGUGUCGAUGCUGCCCCAGUGGAAAUAACUCCACAGUGACUCGCCUCAUCUAUGCCUUCUUCCUACUGCUGGGAGUGGGUAUUGCCUGUAUUAUGUUGAUGCCUGGCAUGGAGGGGCAACUUAAGAAGAUUCCAGGUUUCUGUGAAGGAGGGAUGGGUUCAUCUAUUCCUGGUGUAGAGGGUCAUGUGAACUGUGAUGUGCUGGUUGGCUACAAGGCUGUGUACCGCGUUUGCUUUGGCAUGGCCAUGUUCUUCCUACUCUUCUCUCUGCUCAUGAUCAAAGUGAAGAGCAGCCAGGACCCUAGGGCUGCGCUGCACAACGGGUUUUGGUUCUUUAAGUUUGCUGCAGCUGUUGCCAUGACUGUUGGAUCAUUUUUUAUCUCAGAGGGUCCCUUCACUACUGUGUGGUUCUAUGUCGGCAUGGCUGGCGCCUUCUGCUUCAUCCUCAUCCAGCUGGUUUUACUCAUUGACUUCGCCCAUUCCUGGAAUGAAUCCUGGGUGGAGAAGAUGGAAGAGGGCAAUUCUCGCUGCUGGUAUGCAGCCCUGCUGUCGGUCACCACAGUGAACUAUUUGUUCUCUCUGGUAUCUCUGGUCAUGUUCUACAUCUACUACACCCACUCUGAUGGUUGCACUGAAAACAAGGUCUUCAUCAGCAUCAACAUGUUCCUCUGCAUCGCUGCCUCCAUCAUGUCCAUCCUGCCUCAGAUACAGGAGUCCCAGCCCAGGUCUGGCCUGCUGCAGUCCUCUCUGGUUACCCUUUACACCAUGUAUCUGACCUGGUCUGCCAUGACCAAUGAGCCUGACAGGAAAUGUAACCCAAGCCUUCUGGGUAUUAUUGGGCUGAACAGCACUAGCCCUGCAGGUCAGGACCACGUGGUCCAGUGGUGGGAUGCCCAGGGGAUUGUAGGGUUGAUCCUUUUCCUCAUGUGUGUCCUCUACUCCAGUAUUCGUAAUUCGUCCAACGCCCAGGUGAACAAGCUGACUCUGACCAGUGAUGAGUCAGCUCUUAUCGAGGAUGGGCCUCAGACUGACAGCUUUGAGGAAGGCAGUGGUCUCAACAGAGCUGUGGACAACGAGAAGGAUGGUGUCACCUACUCCUACUCUUUCUUCCACUUCAUGCUGUUCUUGGCAUCACUGUACAUCAUGAUGACACUCACCAACUGGUACAGCCCUGACUCCAACUACGAGGCCAUGACCAGCAAGUGGCCGUCAGUGUGGGUGAAGAUCUCUUCCAGCUGGAUUUGCAUCGCCCUGUACGUGUGGACACUGGUGGCUCCGCUGGUCCUAGUCAACAGAGACUUUGACUGAAACACAUUGUCCCAUAGCUCUGAAACAUUAAUGCUCUGCCUCACUUGUGUUUUGUUUCAGCAAAGUCGUUAAAACAGUUUGUUUGGUUGCUGUGGUUUGUCUGUAUAGUCUGUUGCAGCUUCCUCACGGCAGAGGUUAUGAAUAGGGAACCAGCAAGGCUGUUAAAAUUUGUCCUGUCCAAGCUCUGACUGCAGCCUAGUCUCUUCUGGUGUAAUGCCAUUGUGAAUCCUCAGCAGUGUGUUGUAGUGGUUCCCCAUGCUAUUGCCAUUGUAAAUAUCCUGUGUAUUCCCAGUGGAUGAUUUUGUUUUAUUUCUAUAAAGACAGAGCUGCAUGCUUUUCCUUUAAAACUUGAUCUGACAUUACCGUAGCUGUAUCUUAAGCUUUUAUGAGGAUGACGGUGGCGUUGAUCUGUGCCCCCUGUGAGCAGCAACAUUUUAACAGCAACAGCUAGUAUUACAUAUGGAAAUGCUGUUACGUGUAAAAUAAGGGAGAAACUUUUCACUUAGAGACGAACUUUUACAGCAUUGAUUCUGCUGUAGUCAGACGGAUUUGAGUUGUGCAUGAGUGGACUCUGAAGGCCCUGAAAAGUGAGAGCAGGCGAGCGACUCAUUGUUUUUCACUAACUAGCAUCAUCGCCAGGCAUGAGUAGCGCUGUGUAGCACUGUGCAUGUGGAAUAGUUAUCUGCUAUCAUGUGUUAAUGCUCUACAAGCUGUGUGUUUGCUUUGCAGCUUGCACACUCUUGAGCACAUACACAACAAAGGCAUCCCUGUUUUUGUUGCUUCUGAUUUGCAUUAAAUUUUGACUUUAAAUGUAAAAUUGUUUGACAAGGAUAAGUUAUUUGGUAGUGUUUAGCAGUAGUAUGUAGUUUCUCACAAACUUGCAGACAUUGUGGCGAUACAUUUGUUUGUGGCGAUACAUUUGUGCUUUUAAUCUAAUAUGAUUUUUCUCUUGACAUGUAAAAGUAUCUUGUAACUCGUUUAAUAAAACUGUCAAAAAAAGCCAA